ACUUUACAUGGCUUCCCUUCCCAUCUUCACUGUGCUAGAACAGUCCCAAGUAUCGCCACCACCAGCCACCGUAGGCCACCGAUCGCUGCCGCUGACUUUCUUCGACAUUGGAUGGCUGUCCCAACCUCCUGUUCACCAUCUUUUCUUCUAUGAACUCGCAAUCACUAAACCUCAGUUUAUUGAAACCAUUGUUCCCACUCUCAAAAGGUCGUUAUCAAUCACUCUUCAGCAUUUUUUCCCGUUUGUUGGUAACUUGAUCAUAUUUCCUACUCGAAAACCCGAAAUUCGUCACGUCGAUGGCGACUCUGUUGCCGUUACUUUCGCAGAGAGCAAUCUUGAUUUCCAUGAUCUAACUGGAAACCAUGCUCGAGACUGUGGUAGUUUUUAUCCUCUUAUACCUGUUCUUGGACAUGCUGCACAAGCAUCCGCGGAUUAUGUAUCGAUCACGGUGUUCUCGGUUCAAGUAACGGUUUUUCCAGGCUGUGGCAUCUCUAUCGGAAUGACGAAUCACCACUGCCUUGGAGAUGCGAGCACUCGGUCUUGUUUCCUAAAGGCGUGGACUUCCAUUGCAAGAUCUGGCACAGAUGAGUCAUUUCUGGGUAGUGGAGCUUUGCCGUUGUAUGAUAGAGUGAUCAAACAGCCAACGUUAGAUGAAAUAUAUCUAAAGCAAGCAAAUAUUGGAACUUUUACUCAAGAGUAUCAGCCUGCAAGCCUUUCUGGACCAACAAACAAUGUUCGAGCCACAUUCGUGUUGACCCGACCAACCAUCAACCGGUUAAAGAAACGGGUGUCGAACCAACUGCCAUCGUUGCAAUACGUAUCAUCUUUUACUGUAGCAUGUGCGUAUAUCUGGAGUUGUAUGGCAAAAAUACGCGGCGACGAGCUACAAGUGUUUGGUUUCGUGAUCGAUUGUAGGUCACGUCUGGUUCCGGCGAUCCCUGCAACCUAUUUCGGCAACUGUGUUGCACCAUGUGGGGCGAUGGCGAGAACGACUGUAUUAUCUGAAAGAGAUGGGUUCGUGACGGCAGCUAGGUUACUUGGAGAGAGUUUACAUGAGAAGCUGACCGAUAAAGAUGGAAUCUUGAAAGAUGCUGAGAGUUGGUAUGAACUUUCGUUUGGAGGGGUGCCAGAUACGAUAAUGGGGGUUGCUGGAACACCAAAGAUCAGAUUUUAUGAUACCGAUUUUGGAUGGGGGAAGCCCAGAAAGUAUGAAAUCAUCUCCAUAGAUUAUAAUGGAUCUAUUUCUAUGAACGCCUGUAAAGAUUCGAAUGAAGAUCUGGAAAUUGGUGUGUGCCUUUCGGCGACUGAGAUGAAGGCUUUUGUUUCCAUGUUCAAUUGUGGUUUAGAAUGAUCAAAUGUUAUUGGUUUUUGCUUUUAAGUGAA